AGUGUAAUUGUGUCGCUGUCACCCGAUUCUCACCGGCCCUUCUGUCUCCCACCGAGCCGCUACCAUGGCGCUGAGCGAUGCCGACGUACAGAAACAGAUCAAGCACAUGAUGGCUUUCAUUGAGCAGGAAGCCAACGAGAAGGCGGAAGAAAUAGAUGCCAAGGCAGAAGAGGAGUUUAACAUUGAGAAGGGCCGACUGGUGCAGACCCAGAGACUGAAGAUCAUGGAGUAUUAUGAGAAGAAGGAGAAACAGAUUGAGCAACAAAAGAAAAUUCAGAUGUCAAACCUGCUGAACCAAGCUCGUCUGAAGGUGCUUAAAGCUCGUGAUGAUCACAUUUCGGAUUUGGUGAAUGAGGCCAGGCAGAGACUCGCCCGGGUGGUGAAGGACACGGCUCGGUACCAGAUGUUGCUUGAUGGACUCAUUCUACAGGGUCUGUUCCAACUCCUGGAACCCAAGGUGGUGAUCCGCUGCCGUAAGCAAGACCUCCCUCUAAUUACGGCUUCCGUGCAGAAGAGCAUCCCCACUUACAAGGCUGCUACCAAACAAGGGGUGGAGGUGAUCAUUGAUCAAGAGACUCAUCUAACCCCCGAAAUAGCUGGAGGAGUGGAGCUUUAUAACGGCAAUGGGAAAAUCAAAGUGUCAAACACGCUGGAGAGUCGGCUGGACUUGAUUGCUCAGCAGAUGAUGCCAGAAAUCCGAGUUGCUUUAUUUGGGGCCAACACCAACCGAAAGUUCCUGGACUGAGGCCGCUGGGAGUAACGGACUGAGGGUGCCGGGAGUAGUUUGACGCUGGUCUCACUGCCGAACUCCCGGAGGAGUCACAUUGCGGAAAGCCUGAAUUUCUCUAUUUUUUGUUUCAUUGUCUGUAACUAUAUAUUGUAGUCGUGUAAGAACUAGGCUUGUUAUUGGGCCACUGGAACCACAACAAUCCUAUAUUGUCUUAUUGGUCAGUAUUGGGGGGAGGCGGGGUCAGCCAGCUGUGUGUGCUGAUGCUCUUAUAAGAUUUGCACCCCAAUGUAUGGUAAUAGUUUGUCUGUUGCACUCUUAUUGAGAUUAAAGGGGAACUAAAUAUUCCCAAAC